AUGGUCAAUUUUCCACUAUUUGCUGCGAUCCUGGCCGCUCUAUGUUCUUCAAUUGCAUCUGCGGAAUGCUGGAGGGACACGGAAUGCGAUGGGCCAGCGCAAGCAGCGUUCCCUGGCCCCUGGGAGGAUGGAUUCUUCGUGCCAGAUACUCGGACUCUUUCUCCUGUUCGCGUCCUAGACGGUGACCUUCGUCAACUUGGAAAUUGGUCGCCUGAGAACAUCCCAAACUUGAGCAGUAACGGAUCGUUGUACAUAUUUGACUGGGGACUCGAAGUUGGUGGCGUCGUAACCAUUGAAUUUGUCGCCAACGGCACAGGUUCUCUUGGCAUUGCGUUCUCUGAGACAAGCAACUUUACGGGAUAUAUGUCUGACGAGUCUAAUGGCGGUAGUGGACAUGACGGUGCGCUGUACACCGAUAUCAGCACCAGCACUGGAGAGGAUGGACAGACGGUGUACAAAUAUACAGUGCCAGAUGAUAAGGCUCGCGGCGGUUUUCGAUAUCUGAGCUUGUACACUAUUACUAACUCAACUCUGGAUGUCUCAGUCAGAAACAUGACUGUAGAGCUACCAUUCCAUCCGAACUGGGGAAAUAUGCGCGCUUAUGGAGGCUACUUUCACUCUAGCGAUGACCUUCUAAACCGCAUCUGGUACGGAGCAGCCUUUACUGUUCAGACGAACAUCAUGCCAACAAACACAGCACGUGUGUUUCCAUGCCUAGACUAUGGUUGGGAGAAUAACGCAGACCUGGAUACAGAUGGUCCUGGCCUGGGCGCUGGCAAUAAGCGUGACAGGGCUGUAUGGGCCGCUGAUUUCGGAAUGGCCUUGCGAAGUGCUGCAAUUGCGCUCGGCGACAUGAAUACGUUGAAGAGAUCUCUACAACUACAGUACAACGUUCAGCAAACGACAGGAGAACUGCCUUGGGUGCCACCACCAAUCAACAUUUUCGGCUCGGACACCUACCAUAUGGCAACACUUCUGGCCACAUACGAUUACAUUCUUUUCAGUGGUGAUACGGAUUGGCUCACACAAAGAUGGGAUAAAUUCAUGCUUGGCAUGUCUUUUGCUAGACAAAAGAUUGACAGUAGCGGACUAAUAAACGUGACUGGAGGUAAUAAUUGGGGCCGCACAGCUGUCUCUACUGGACACACUACGGACGGCAACAUGCUACUCUAUGGGUGUUUGCUGAGGGGUGCUGAAAUGAGUAGCUGGAUGAACGAUACAAUCGGUACCCAAUGGUUGGCACAAGCCGAAACCCUCAAACAGGCGAUCCUAGAACGUAAUUGGGAUCCUUCUGUCGGUGCAUUUUGGAACACAGAAGAAGAUCACAGCAAUCAUUGUCAAGAUGGUAACAGUAUGGCAUUAUAUUGGAAUGCUGUUGAUAAGUCUCAUGCGUCCAAUAUAAGCAACUAUCUCUCUACCCAGUGGACACCGAUUGGGGCUUCAUGUUCUGAGCUCCCAGGAAGCAUUGUCAUGUAUACCGAGGGGUACGAGAUUAAGGGCCAUCUUGCUGUUGGUCACUCAAGACGUGCGCUGGAUUUGAUCCGACGAAGCUGGGGCUGGAACCUGGAAAACCCAUACGGAACUGAAAGCACCUUCGUGGAGGGCUACAACCUUGAUGGAUCCUGGCGAUACCGAGAUGAUAGUUAUAGUAAGAAUGGCUCCUAUACGGCCCAUGCUCUUGGCUGGAGUACUGGCCCUGUGGAUGCGCUGAAUUCGUACAUCAUUGGCUUGCGACCAAGCAGACCUGGUGGCGAGGAAUGGAUCCUAGAGCCUCAAUUCGGCGACUUGCAAUCUGCAGAGGGCGGCUUUACUACCCCACUUGGGAAGUUUUCCUCCGGCUGGAUGCUGGAGCAUAACGGAACCGGCUUCAGUGUUUGGCUGAACACUCCCGAGGAAACGACAGGUCAAAUCACUCUGCCACAGUUCGCCGGAGCAAGGCAUUAUCAGGUCACUUUAGAUGGACAAACCGUAGUAAAUGGAUCGAGUAUUACCAUUGAUGUGGCCGGGGGGAAACACCAAAUCAGUGCCAAGUAUUGA